AUGAGACGACGCCACCCAUUCAACGCCGUCUGUGACACCGGAGAAGAACUGUUCCUCGGAACAUGCAGUAGAGGAGUCGGCGGCACCGGCAUUCUCGUCAACACGAGUUUGUACAUGAUCAUCGAUUCAUUCGAACAGCUAACAACCAGAAUUGGACGUUUACGACUAAAAAGACGUGGAUCCAUUCCGGCUUUGACAAUCUUCGUCAUUUACGCGCCGACACUAAACUACGACGAAGAAGAAGUCGAAGCGUUCUAA